UUUAUCAGAAAAUAAAAGAGAAAAAACUGAUGAGUCAUGAACCCCAGCAUCUGAGAAAAUUUUUAAUAUGAGGAAAAAAAAGAUCUUUUCAUUUAAUCUAUAUAUUCCUAAUUAAAAGCUUAUGAUCAUAUGUAAAGGCUAGACCAUUUCUUAUAAUUUGCCAGCCCUUGCCCAUUUGCCCCCAGGCAGUGUGAAUCAAUAUGGAAAAUGGGUUUCGCAGCUUUUGCUCCUUGUUAACUUUUGCUCUUGGCCUUCUCAUAAUUUCAUGUCUUCGACAAUCCAAUGCCACACUAUUAGAUGAUAACUUGGGUGGUUCAAAGUUAGGUGGUUGUGAUUUUUUCCAGGGUAGCUGGGUUGAAGAUGAUGCUUAUCCAUUAUAUAAUACAUCCGCCUGCCCUUUCAUUGAGAAAGAAUUCGAUUGCCAGGAAAAUGGACGCCCAGACAAAUUAUAUCUCCAGUACAGAUGGAAGCCUGUUGCCUGUGAAUUGCCAAGAUUCAAUGGCGAGGAUUUCUUGACAAGAUUCAAGGGGAAGAAAAUUCUGUUUGUGGGGGAUUCUUUAAGCUUUAAUCAAUGGCAGUCACUCACAUGCAUGCUGCACGCUUCUGCGCCACGAUCCAAUUUCACCUUUAGCAGAAAGGGAGGCCUCUCUACAUUUUCAGUAAUGGAUGGUGGGGUUUCUGUGAAGCUAUCUCGCAAUCCUUUUUUAGUUGAUCUAGUCACAGAAAAGAUAGGCAAGGUUCUGAAGCUGGAUUCGAUUGAAAAUGGCAGAGACUGGAAAGGAUACGACAUGCUUAUCUUCAACACCUGGCACUGGUGGACUCAUAAAGGAAGUCAAAAGACAUGGGACUACAUUCAAGAGGGAAAGACAAUCCAAAAAGACAUGGAUCGUUUGGUUGCUUUUAGAAAGGGGCUCAGUACAUGGUCCAAGUGGGUUGACACUAACAUUAAUCCUAACGUUACCGAAGUGUUCUUUCAAGGCAUCUCUCCAGUGCAUUACAAUGGUGACGAAUGGAACGAAACCAAGUCAAACUGCAAUGGGCAAACCCAACCAAUAAAUGGUUCUUCAUAUCCUGGAGGCCCGCCACCAGCAGCAGCUGUGGUGAGGGACGUUUUAAGGAACAUGAAGGUCUCCGUCACACUUCUUGAUGUAACAGCACUAUCACAACUAAGAAAAGACGGGCAUCCAUCCAUUUAUGGAAGUGGUGGCAAAGAGGGAAAUGAUUGUAGUCAUUGGUGUCUUGCUGGGGUUCCAGAUACUUGGAAUGAACUUUUGUAUGCGAUUCUUAUCUCUUAAGGGAAGGCAAUAAAUUAGGGCUUCUAUCAAUAGUAAAAAUAAGGACUAGCUCCAUUGUUGUUGUGACUAGAAAACAAUGGAAUUAAAACAGUACUAUAGAACAGGUCGAUAUAGUAGUAACAUUUUACUCUUGUCUCCAAAUGAAAUUGUGAAAGGAGACUUCGAUAAAGGAGGAAGAUUGAGUGAGCAUUAGCAUGAAUUAUGUGUUAUGGUUCUUUA